GCUCAUUACUGGCCAAAAUAAGGCUCAUCGGAACUGAUCUCUACUUUGGGCGAUUCACUGAUCAAAUGGUGAACAUGAAGCAGCAGGUUGACUAAGGAAGAAGCAGCAUUUAAUCCGGCUCCUCCUUUUGCAGACCUCAUGUGAAUCAGCUAAACCAGAAAUACUGGUAAAGAAAGAGGUGGAGAAUACAGAAAGGUAAACAAAUUUGAAAGGACGGAGAGAAAGAAAGGAAAUCCUGGAAAGGUGCUGGUUGAGGCUCCUGGACUGGUGAGGAGUCUUUCCAGCAGGGAAAAUGGAAGACGCCGAGGUGGACAUUGAUACUCUUAUUGAUGAGAUGGAUUAUAUUCCUGGUCACUUUCAUCUAGAUAUGAAUUUAAAUUUUGAAACUUCUGCACCAGUAAGUUUCCAAGGGAGAGACUUGAAGUUGAAACGAGAGAGUCUACUCUAUGAAUUAGAGUUUGAAACUGGCUUGCAGCAAUAUGCCAUCCAAAACCUUCUUGGGGUAUUUUCUUUCUACCUGGAGGAAGUGGAGCAAGCCAAGGAGAUUUUUCUGCAUAUCAUUCAAGAAAAGCCCGAGAAUUUAAAUGCUUGGGCCAACGUGGCCUACAUUUAUGACAGGCUGAACCAUGAGCAAGAAGAGGCUGAGUGUACUGAGAAGCUCUCUCAGUUAAUGGGUUUGGAUUCAGAAGACAAGCUGCAGGGAAAUCACCAGCUCAGAGCAGCCCGUUGCCUGGCUGAACAGGGCUACGCUUAUGCAUUUGAUAUCAGGCUAAUGAAUGAAGAGGAGAAGGUGGAGAAACUGACUGCAGGCCUCACACUCUACAGCAAGGCUCUUGCUUAUGGGAAGCAGAUCCCUUUGGAGGAAAGAAGGAGCUGGUAUUUUGCCAUGUCCACUCUGCACAUCAGACUAGAUGGGGUGUGGAUGAACAAAGGUGAGGAUGAGGAGAAGAGAUUGCCAGCUUUCAACAGAACUCUGGUUUUGCUUCAGCAAGUCCUGAAGUCUUCUAAUCUACACUACAGAGCUUUGGCCUGGUGCUAUCUUGGGAUGUUACUAGAAAGGAAAUAUUCUUUCUCAACUACUCCCAUGGGUAUUAAUGACUGUGGUUAUGCUGGAACUGAUCCCCUGGAUUGCUUUGGAAAGGCAAUAGAAGUUGCUAGAGGUAAUCCACCUGUCCUCAACCGCCUGUCAAAAGUCUUCCAUUUCCUUGGCAAGCUGGAGAUGGCAAUGGCAGUUUGCAACAUGGCUCUGGAUGUAUUGCCUGAUCCAGGACUUAACUGGCAGGCAUAUUGUAUGCGUGCCAAGAUGCUGAUUAAGCUGUAUUUGCGCGACGCAGAACGUGUGAAGAUAGGCUUGGCUGGAAUGCCGGACCAGAACAACCUUUUUGGGGCCAAAGUUGAUCUUGAAAAAGUCAUCCAAGUACAUCCCUGCCUGAAAAUUUACCAUGACCUUGGCCAGGUAUAUUACUACCUGGGAGUAGAUGCCAUGCAGGAGCUUUUCCUUGUGGAUGAAAGUGCCCUGAACAAGGCCCUUGUGCUCCUUGCUAAAGCUAUGGAAUUAGAUCUGGGAAAUGUCCUGCCCGAACUCCAGGUGUUGAAGGGAAAAUGCCUUUGGAUUAAAAAUGAGUUGCUGGAGGCCAUGGAAUGCUUCAAGCAGGCCAUAGAGCUGGACGAUGUGGGUUCCAUGCACAGAGAGAGUUUCCGGUGCUUAAUGGAACUGCUACUUACCCUGUUUGCUCAGAAGAGAAUAAAUAUGGAGAUGCUAAUGAAGGAGGUAGAGCUGUGGGUAAAGAAGGCAGAAGACAAAUAUCCAAAUCAGCAGGUGCAACAGGAACUUCGGCUGGUCUGUCGGCAUCACACCAGUGAGGUGCUUGAACUUUCCAAAGCCAUGCUGGCUCGAGGGAAGACCGAACUGGUGAAGCUGCUUUUUGAGACCAUGAAGUGUGAUUUUAACCGAGCCAGGCUGAGUGAACGUUCACUGUCUUUCUGAACUGCUGCUUCAAGUAACUCUUCAUCUAUCUACUACCUUAAAGUAAUUAAACACUCUUUCUUUAGCAAAAGAAACUAUAUAUUUGAGAGCUACAAUGCUUUCUAUGGACUCAAGUAUCUCAUGUACCUCUGGAGAAACCAAGAUAUGUAUGGUGAUCUUCAGAAAUGUCUGUUCCUUUCUCUUUUUUUAAAUAAUGCAUUCAGAAAUAUGGGUGCCCCCUUUUUAAGCAGGAAAAUAUUGUGAGUAUGGAUGUGUUUGUGCAUGAUACCUUCAUGAGGACCAACCAGAAUGAUGCAAAAAGAGUGUGCAAGUUUUCAAACCUAUGCAAAUUCUUAGUCAGACAAUAUGGCAAAAAAACGUGGGGAGGAAACAGAGAAAGUUUGAAAGAUAAGUGAAAUGUUUAAGCCAGGGGGUCUGUACGUUAUAGUCACAAUGCUGCUACUGCACACAGCCACCACCUUGAAACUGAUUUUGGGCUGCAGAUCUAAGCAGUUGAAACUUGGUUCCAUAACAUACAUUUAGGCAAAAACUUUUGAAGACUCCUGAUUUAUGCUGCAGUCCAAUGUAUGCCUACAGAUAGGUACAGCCUCCUUCAAAGUGAGCCUGGCUUCUAAUAACCAUAUUGUUUUCGGAGCCACAUUGUGGAAGUGGUUGAAUAUUUUCUUCUUCCAGGACUAUAUUUGACUUCCCAGUCUAGCCUACAGUCCUGAUUUUUCCAAGUGGUCUCCAGUCUAAGUACUAAGCAGAUCCACCCUGUUUAUCUUUGUGACAUCUAUUAGUAGUAAAUCCUGAGUUGAAGCUAUUCUAAUAGUAAUAAAUAAUACUAUUCCAGUUUCCACUGUUUAGCAGAUUACAGAUUAUUACUUCAAAGAAGAAGCUAAGAUGUAGAACAGGGAUGGAGAAUCUAUAGCCCCCACAGAUAAAACCACACUACCCAGUUGCCCUACCAGCCAGUAUGACCAUUAGUGAGGGAUGCUAGCAAUUAUAGUUCAGUAACAUCUGGAUGGCCACAAGUUCUCCUUAUGUGGGUUAGAAGCCAAUUAAGAAUCUUUACUAUAUGAAUUAGCAUACGGAGGAUGUAAGGCAAUUGAAUGAGAUCCAAAAUCAGACUAACCUACUAUUGUCAGUGCUAUUUAUCAGUAUGUAUUCAGUUUGGCUUCCGGGAGAUUAGAUCUUUUUCAGGCUGACUGCAACUUUGAUUUGUUUGGGACAACGGAACCUGUUGGGUUUGGUUUAUUUUCCCAGUUUUCCAAACCUUUGUGUUUGCAUUUUUACAUGCUCUUUCCCGUCUAUAUCCAUUUUUGUGCCUGCUUUUUCAAAAGGCUGCAUUUUUUUUU